AUGUCCGUGGUGACGGCGAUGCUGGUGGUGGCCGUAGUGCUGUCGGCGACCCGCGGCGAGGUGUCUCUGGGAGGCAUGCUCUACCCCAGGGAGUCAGAGUCCCGCGAGGUGCGCUCCCUCGACGGCGUCUGGGACUUCCGCCUCUCCGACAACCUGCAGGGCUACUGGGAGCGCUGGUACGAGCACGACCUGCGCUCCACAGGAGAAGUGAUGAUGAUGCCGGUGCCGGCCAGCUACAACGACGUGACGCAGCUGAAGGAGGUGCGCGACCACGUGGGGCUGGUCUGGUACGACCGGCGCUUCUUCGUGCCGCGCUCCUGGCAGUCGCCCAACAUCCGCGUGUGGCUGCGCUUCGGCAGCGUACACUACGUCGCCCAAGUGUGGGUGAACGGCGAGCUGGCGAUGGCGCACGAGAUCGGCCACCUGCCGUUCCAGGCGUCGGUGACGGGGCUGCUCAAGUUCGGCGCCAGCAACCGGCUGACCGUUGCCGUGGACAACACGCUGCUGCAGACCAGCGUGCCGCAGGGCUCCCUCCACCACGUCGACACCGCAAACGGCACGCGGGAGUAUCAGUCGUACUCGUUCGACUUCUUCAACUACGCGGGCAUCCAUCGGCCCGUCCUGCUCUACACGACGCCCUCAGUCUUCAUAGACGAUCUCAACGUCGCCACUGACUACUCGCUCGACGGGACCGGGACGGUACGGUACAACGUGACGUACGCGGGCUACUCUAUGGAGGCGCCGCAGUGCCGCGUGGACCUUCUGGACGCGGACGGCGUGGUGGUGGGCUCCAGCGACUCCAGCAACGGGCUGCAGGGCGAGAUCCGCGUGCCCGACGCGCACGCAUGGUGGCCCUACCUCAUGCACCCGCGGCCGGGAUACCUCUACACCUUGCAGGUGCGGCUGACGUCAUCGGAAUGGGGUACGGAGGACGUGUACCGGCUGCCCGUCGGCAUCCGCCGACUCGCCUGGGACAACUCGUCGCUGCUCAUCAACGACCGACCUGUCUACUUGCGAGGCUUUGGCCGACACGAAGACGCUGACAUCCGUGGCAAGGGGCUGGACCUGGCGACCGUCGCGAAGGACCACAACCUGCUGCGCUGGGUGGGCGCCAACUCGUACCGCACCUCCCACUACCCGUACGCUGACGAGGUCAUGGACUUCGCCGACCAGCAGGGCUUCCUCAUCAUCGACGAAUGUCCCAGCGUCAACACAGAGAACUACUCUCCGGCGCUGCUGCAGAAGCACAAGGACUCGCUGACGGAGCUGAUCCGGCGCGACAAGAACCGGCCCAGCGUCAUCAUGUGGUCCGUCGCCAACGAGGCGCGCACGCAGCUGUUCGCUGCCGAGUCCUACUUCAGGGAGAUCGUGCAGCACGUGAAGAGCCUGGACCCGUCGCGGCCGACCACCAUGGCCAUCGCCAGGGGCUUCAGCGAGGACAGGGCUGCACCGUUCAUCGACAUCAUCGCGUUCAACCGUUACAACGCGUGGUACAGCAACGGCGGCCUCACGGAGACCAUCGUGCCGCGCGUCGUGGCCGAGGCGGAGGGCUGGUACGCGAGGUUCGGCAAACCCGUCUUCGUCACCGAGUACGGCGCCGACACGCUCGAGGGCCUGCACCUGGAACCUGAAUACAUAUGGUCUGAAGAAUACCAAGAAGUGCUGUUCUCGGAACAUUUCAAAGCAUUCGACAUCCUCAGAGAAAAGGGUUAUUUCAUCGGAGAAAUGAUAUGGAAUUUUGCAGAUUUCAAAACUGCACAAACGUACACGAGGGUCGGCGGUAACAAGAAGGGUAUCUUCACUCGGGCGCGCCAGCCCAAGUCGGCAGCGCAUCUGGUGCGCAAGCGCUACUGGUCGCUGGCGGAGCGACUCGACGGAGCACAGCCACCCGCGGACACCCGCCGCUACGUCAUCGAUGCUCCCCCGAAAGACUCUGCCAAUGCAGUGCGCCGCGAGCUGUGAGCUGAGUGCAGCCACAGACAGCCGACAGCCGUCCCUUGUUCCGUCCAGAAGCAAUACGGACAACCCUGCGAACACGCCGUGCGCCAGGUGGUGAGACCGGAGCAGUGUCCUCAGUUAACUGGCCGCUAUGUAUCACAUGCUGCAUACUGCUGCCUUGCUGUGGAAACCUGUACUUUCAAGUGAUAUUAACUUUCAGAAGCCAGUAUCUGUUGUCCCUUCACGGACAAACAAUGCUGUGGACUUCGUCAUGAUAGUUCUACAGAAAGAAUUGUGACUUUUUUUUUUUAAUUAUAAACCACUCUAGUCGACACUCAUUCCCAAGAACGAUUGAUCAAAAUCCCAUCGACUUAUCCCACUGUCAGUGAAAGAAGAAGAAGAAGAAGAAGAAGUAAUUACUUCAUAGAUUUUCAUAUGUGACCUGUGUUCAUUGACAAUAGCAGUCGUUUUUUUUUUCUUGCUUUUUUCUUACUUUUUUUUUAACUGCUGCAUCAUUCACAAGCCAUGUAGUUCCCUGCUGCAACUAUUUCACAUUUACAGUUCUAACAGGGAAUCAAUUCAGCUGACGUGCUUGUCAGAAUGUUCCCUGACUCUGUCUCUGAAAAUAUUGUUGGGCUAUAUGGAACGUUAAUGUAGAUUUAACCACAGUGGGAAAAUCAUCGAUAUUUUUAUGUCUCGCAGAAAUGAGACAUGGAUAACUUGUAUGUUACCGUAACUACAGAAUUUGUUUUCAUUUUUUUACUAUCACGUCACUGUAUAAGGAUGCCCAGUUAGGCCCAAAGAAUAGAGGUAUUCACCUGUUAGGUGAAACUCUUUAGCAUCUAGUUGGCAGUUGAUGAAGAUAUUGUACCAAAAGUGUGUAAGCUAGGGAAAGAAAUACUGCUGAAUACUUGAGCAGAGCUGGAAUACAUGAUCUGAAAUGUGUGGACUGUGAUGUAUGGGAGUUUUGCACAUAUGUUGGAAGACAGCAUCAGUAUCUGACCGUCAACAAGAAGAUAUGCUUAUACGAGGUGCGACAAUAAAGUAAUGAGACUGAUGUGAAAAAAAAUGUUGCUUACCGUUUUAGUCAAGUUUAGUGUUGUCUCCUUCAAAGUAGUUCCCCUCUGAUUGCACACACUUUU